CACGGCCCGACCAUCGUACAAAUAUAAUACCCAAAACCCAGUCGAUGAUGGGCGGGGCUUAAUUGAUCAAAAACAGUAGCUGAAUUUUAAUCUUAAACAACCUCAAAUUAAAAGUUUGUUGAAUCCAACAAACAUAACUUAAUUGAAGAAGAAAACCAAGAGUGCGAAAAUGGGGAAGAAACCACAUAAGGGCAGAAAAGAUUCAAAGGAAGAUGUUUCCACCCGAGAGUUUACUAACUCCAACCUUCAUAAACGUCUUCAUGGAGGGGAGGAGAAGCCUGAAGAACCAGAAUUACCAAAAUAUCGUGACCGUGCAAAGGAGCGGAGGGAAGACCAGAAUCCUGAUUAUGAGCCCACUGAUCUGGGAUUUCAUGCUGUUGCUCCUCCUGGCAACGUUGAUCUCAAGGCUGCUGAUUCACAGAAGCUAGCUAUUGAGCGGAGCAAGUAUCUUGGAGGUGAUGUUGAACAUACGCACUUGGUCAAGGGGUUGGAUUAUGCUUUACUUCACAAAGUAAGAAGUGAGAUGGACAAAAAACCAGAGUCCGAAGAAGAUACUGAUGGAAAAUCCAGAGCAGCUAAGGACGACCAGCCUGUAUCGUUUCGAACAGCUACUGCAAAGUCUGUGUAUCAAUGGAUGGUCAAGCCUCAAACUGUCAUCAAAACAAAUGAGAUGUUUCUUCCCGGACGAAUGGCGUUUAUUUUUGACAUGGAAAAUAUCUAUUCUCAUGAUAUCCCAACCACAUUGCAUAGAAGUAAAGCUGACUGCCCAGCACUUGAGGAAAUGGUAACCGUGAAUGUUGAUGGUUCUGUACUGGACCGGAUUGCCAAAAUUAUGUCAUAUCUUCGUCUAGGAUCAUCUGGAAAGGUUCUCAAGAAAAAGAAGAAGGAGAAGGAAGUCAAAGGAAAACUCACAACUGUUAUCAAUGAUUAUGAUGAAUAUGAGAAAUCUUCAAAGCCUGAUGGCCUGUCAUCAAAGAAUCAAAAUGGAGAAAAUUUUCUCCCACCGCCUCCGCCUUUAAUAAAGAAUACUCUGGAUUCUAAAGAUAGACAAGACCCUGUUAUUGCUCGAGCUGAGGAGGACGACAUCUUUGUUGGUGAUGGUGUGAUUACUGAAGUCCCAGGCAAAGAUAUGAGUCAAAGCCCCAUUUCAGAAGACAUGGAAGAAUCCCCUAGAAAUAAGGAAAUGACUUCCUAUUUCGAUGAACCUGUAUAUGGACCAGUGCCACCUUCUGAUCCCUCCCAAGAUUGGAAUCAGGCUAAUGACUAUGCUGCUGCUAUACAAGCUCAAGCUCUAGGUGGUGCAUAUCAGGGGGAAUGGCCGCAGGACUAUCAAUAUGCUGAUCAAUUGGCAUAUCCUGAUCAAUACCUGCAGCAGAUGCAGGCAUAUGAGAUGCAAGCCAAUGGAGAUGUCCUUCAAGAUCCUCGCUUAAUGAGUCAAGAGGAGAAGGAUCGAGGGUUGGGGUCUGUGUUUAAGCGAGAUGAUCAACGGCUUCAACAGCUGAGGGAAAAAGAUGCUCGGGAAAAGGAUCCCAACUUCAUAUCUGAAAGUUAUUCUGAAUGCUACCCUGGUUAUCAAGAGUAUAAUCAUGAGGUCGUGGACAGUGAUGAUGAAGGUGACUUGUCGAAAAUGGAUAUGGGCGGGCGUGCUAAAGGCCGUCUUCAUCGGUGGGAUUUUGAGACAGAGGAAGAGUGGGCCCAGUACAAUGAGCAAAAGGAAGCAAUGCCAAAGGCUGCUUUCCAGUUUGGUGUGAAGAUGCAAGAUGGGCGAAAAACACGGAAGAACAAGGAUCAGAAGCUCAACAACGAUCUUCACAAGAUUAAUAAAAUCAUUGCCCGGAAAAAGGGAGAGAAGGGUGAGAGUAACGAUAGUUCGGCUAUCGAUGAUGCACAGCCUGCAGGGAAGAAGCUUCGCUUAUGAGUUAGAAUUCAUCAUCUUUAUUGGUUUAUUGCUGUUGUACAAGGUUAAUAAGUAGGAUCUUUGUUUUUCAUAGAGGACAUCAAGACCUGUUGAGAGCAGAAAGCUGUGUCUAAUCUUUCAUAGAUGUACCUGGCUCCUUGAGAUGAAAUAUCAAUCGCUCUCAAACACAGCUUUCGUUCAAGAAAGUUUAAUCAAUCAUUGAUGUCCCAGAAGAACCCCUCCCCUCAGGCCCCAAUAAUAGAUCUUCUGAGGACCUACACCGGUUUAUAGUCACGAACACAUAACUAAUUAACUAUGAUUGUACUUCGUCAGUGGACAUGCACUAAGGUAGAGGUGGUUUUUCGGAUCGCGUUUGGCUGCAAGUCGAUUCGGUUUGAGUUGUAGUUCGGUGAUGAGUUAUUCUUUUCAGCUUUGGGUAGUGUUAAAAUCAGAUUAGGUUGUAUAUGGGUCUAUUAUACAUACAUAUACUUUUGAAAAGGGAAAUAGUUGUCAAUCAA